UAUAAACAACAGUCUUGAAUAUGUUGUGAGAGCGCGAUAACAUUCGUACAAAAUAUUCCAGACCCGUGUUCGAAAAAUAAACCAUCGAAAAAGUAUUGAAGAGAAGAUUGUCGAAGAAUUAUAGAAAAAAAUAAAAAAAAUUACAUAACUUUUGAAACUUUGAAAUCAACUCUCGAAAGGUCGUAACAAUGCCGUGCAUCUCUCGUGCAAACAUCCCAUUCCGCCUCAUCACUUUCGACGUCGUCGACACUUUAAUCCAAUUCCGAACUGCUCCUGGCAAGAAAUACGGCGAGUUAGGAGCCAUGUUUGGCGUGUUGGCGGACAACAACAAACUCGUUGCGAAUUUCAAGAGUAAUUGGAAUCACAUGAAUCGCGCACAUCCCAAUUUUGGCCUCAACACGAAGAUCGGAUACAAAGAAUGGUGGCGACGUGUUGUUAUGGGAACAUUUAGAGAAUCUAGUCUGAGCGACAUUCACAUCCCAACGGAUAAACUUAACAAAUUGUGCGAACAUUUGCUCGAAGAAUACAAAACUUCCUCAUGUUGGGGAUUGUGUUACGGUACAAUCGACUUCUUGAACUACCUCAAGUUGCAACGACAGAUCGAUGGAGAGCCUUUCAAGCUUGGAGUCGUUAGUAAUUUUGAUCCAAGAUUGGAUAUUUUGUUGAAAAACAUGAAAAUCGCCCAUUACUUCGACUUUAUCAUCAAUUCCUAUGAUGCUGGAAUCGAGAAACCCAAUAUUGAUAUUUUCAAAAAAGCGAUGAAAGAAAGUGAAAUUGAAGGUUUGAAACCAAAAGAGUGUCUCCAUAUUGGGCAUAGCAUCAUUCCGGAUUAUUUUGGAGCACAAAAAGCUGGCAUGUACUCGUUAAUUGUUCAUGAAAAGAGUCCCGAAACGCUUCGUAAACAAUACGGACCAAAUAUUGAGGAUUAUCACGUGUUUACAAGUCUUUUCGAUUUGCACAAGAAAUUGGCCAAUGGUUACAUUAAAUGGGAUAGAACUCCCUAAGUCACAAAAAGUUCUCGUUAUAAAUGAGGGCUUUAUGCAUUUAAACUUCUCUGAGAAAAUUCUAAUAGAAAUUUAUACGUAAAAAAGUGUUUGAAAUAUAUUUUGAAGAUAAAUUGUGGU